GUUAUCAACAUAGAUUCAAAUAGCUUACAGUCGUUCAUGGCGUCUAGAAAAGCUAAAGUUGAUAAACAAGUGCAAUCUAUUCUAGCCAGAAAUCGGACAGAUGUGCAGCAACGAGCACAGGGUUAUAUCAUUGCCAAACUGUACUUUGAUAUUAAAGAAUACAGCUUAGCUAAACAGUAUGUUGGAGGUUACCUUGUUGAGAAACCCAGAGAUCCUCGCGCUAAUGAGCUUCUGGGUGAGAUACACGAAGCUCUUGAGGACAUGGAAGAUGCUGUGGAGUGCUACAAAAAAGCAUUUGAGAGCGGUGACUCUAGAUACAACCCAGUUGUUCUUAAAAUCUGUGAAACUUACUGUGACAUUGGAGCCGAUGUUCAAAUCUUAAAGUACUGGCUUCAAAAGUGUGAAGGUCUCUACCCAAAAAGCUGCACCAUAGUCAGGCUCAAGGUAAUGUUUUGGUAUUUUUUCUGA